AUGGAUUCUGGAAAGAGUGGGAGUUUACAGUCGUCGAGUGGCGGCGAUGAUGAGUACGAUUCACGGGGAGAUUCCAUUUCUGCUUUGCUAGCUCAGCCACAUCAUCAUGUCGUCGUUGACUGCAUUUCCCAUCACCCACAACCGCCGUAUCCGCCGCCCCAUUCCGCCGCCAACGCUGCCAUGUAUAAUCCUUUGUUGUCUAAACUGUUUGAACAACCUCUCCUGCCGCUUCCCGGCGAACACAACUCAACCCCGCCCCCGGCCGUAUGGUCUAAAACCCUAAGACCUGACAACAACCCCAUGUUAGCCUCCUCUAAUAGCCAACAGCGCGUCUCCGGCGGCGGUUUGGCCGGGCAAUCAGCUCCGGUUUCAUUUCCUUUGGCGGCGGAACAGCAUGCUUGUGGUGCUACGGCGGCGACUGGGGAUGGGAGAGUGUAUGAUCAAGCCCACGUUGUACGUAACCCGAAGAAACGGGCGAGAGCUUCGAGACGAGCGCCGACCACCGUGCUCACCACAGACACCUCCAAUUUCCGAGCUAUGGUUCAGGAAUUUACCGGGAUUCCGUCGCCGCCUUUCACGUCCUUGCCGUUCUCCAGAACCCGCCUCGAUACCUUGGCCGCGCCCUCCGCCAUGAGAUCUGGCGCCGCCUCUCACUUCGCCGACAAUAUCCGUCCAUCUCCGCCGUAUCUCCGCCGCCCAUUUGCUCAGAAAAUCCAACCGCUCCACCCGGCGUUUCCUCCUCCGCCUUCCUCUUCCUUUCCGCCGUCUACUUUGGUUGACGUUUUAGCUUCUUCCACCACUAACAACAACAAUAUCUCUUCCGGUUCAAGCAUUACCCCCUCAACUCUCCUCGGCAUUUCAUCGAACACCUCGCAGCUUAAAAUGGGCGGUUUCAUGGACGCAUUUGGCUCAGCAAACGCCGCAGCUCUCACCGCGCUUCCCAGCCUCAUCUCCCCCAGGCGGAGCGAAACCACACCCGCCAGUUGGGACGGCGGCGGAUUUCGAUCGGAAAACUCAUCCACAUCCCGGCAACCCCAGUCAUCCUCCAACAACAACAUAUUCUCCUGCACUUCCCCGGCGGCGAUCGGAAAACUCACCAUCCCGGCAACUUCCUCCAAUUUUCACGGCUACAAGUCCCCGGAAAACGUCGGAGCUAGCAGAGGUGAAGGUAUGGUGGAAUCAUGGAUUUGUUCUUCAGAGUAG